CCUAGAGGUAUUUUUUUUCCUAAGUACUUGAAAACAGAAGAAAGGAAAGCUGUCACUGAGAGGACUUUCCACUCUGCUCCUGGCAGCUGGAUCAGAACGAUGGCCCUGUUUCUGCUGCUCACCUGCCUCGUCACUCCCAUCACCCCAGUGUCACCCAUGGCCCUAGAUCCUUGCUCCGCUUACAUCAGUCUGAAUGAGCCCUGGAGGAACACUGACCACCAGUUCGAUGAGUCUCAAAAUCAGCCUCUUUGUGACAACCAUAUGGACGGGGAAUGGUAUCGCUUCACAGGUAUGGCAGGAGAUGCCAUGCCCACCUUCUGCAUACCAGAAAAUCACUGUGGGACCCAUGCACCUGUCUGGCUCAAUGGUAGCCACCCCCUAGAAGGUGAUGGCAUUGUGCAACGCCAGGCCUGUGCCAGCUUCAAAGGGAACUGCUGUCUGUGGAACACCACGGUAGAGGUCAAGGCCUGCCCUGGAGGCUACUACGUAUACCGGCUGACCAAGCCCAGCGUCUGCUUUCACGUCUACUGUGGCCAUUUUUAUGACAUCUGUGACGAGGACUGCCAUGACAGCUGCUUGGACACCACCGAGUGUGCAUGCUCUCCUGGAACCUCCCUGGGCCCAGAUGGGCAGACUUGCUUUGAUGAGAACGAAUGUGAGCAGAACAAUGGUGGCUGCAGUGAGAUCUGUGUAAAUCUCAAAAACUCACACCGCUGUGCCUGUGGGGUCGGCCGCGUGCUCAGGAGCGAUGGAAAGACUUGCGAAGACAUUGAAGGAUGCCACAACAACAAUGGUGGCUGCAGCCAUUCUUGCCUUGGCUCUGAGAAGGGCUAUCAGUGUGAGUGUCCCCGGGGCCUGUUGCUGUCUGAAGAUAACCAUACUUGCCAAGUCCCUGUGCUGUGCAAGUCCAGCACCAUUGAAGUGAGCGUCCCCAGGGAGCUGGUUGGAGGCCUGGAGCUCUUCCUGACCAACACCUCCUGCCGAGGAGUGUCCAAUGGCACCCAUGUCAACAUUGUCUUCUCCCUCAAGACCUGCGGCACAGUGGUUGAUGUGGUGAAUGACAAAAUCGUGGCCAGCAACCUCGUGACGGGUCUGCCCAAGCAGACCCCUGGGAGCAGUGGUGACAUCAUCAUUAGGACCAGCAAACUGCUGAUCCCGGUGACCUGCGAGUUCCCACGCCUGUACACCAUGUCCGAAGGGUACGUGCCCAACCUGCGCAACGCCCCGCUGGAAAUUAGGAGCCGGAGUCGCGGAAUCUUCCCCUUCACGCUGGAGAUCUUCAAGGACCACGAGUUCGAAGAACCAUACCGUGAGACUUUGCCCACACUCAAGCUUCGUGACUCGCUCUACUUUGGCAUUGAGCCACUGGUGCACGUGAGUGGCCUGGAGAGCCUGGUGGAGAGCUGCUUUGCCACACCCACUGCCAAGAUGGAUGAGAUCCUCAAGUACUACCUGAUCCAGGAUGGCUGUGUUUCCGAUGACUCCGUGAAGCAGUACUCAUCCCGGGACCACCUAGCCAAACACUUCCAGGUCCCUGUCUUCAAGUUUGUGGGCAAAGAUAACAAGGAGGUGUUUCUGCACUGCCGGGUGCUUGUGUGUGGGGUACUGGAUGAACAUUCCCGCUGUGCCCAGGGGUGCCACCGGCGAGUGCGUCGUGACGUGGGUGAAGAUGGCGACUCUGCUGAGCUGCAGAGUCGGACACUGACAGGAGGCCCCAUCAUCAUUGACUGGGAGGAGUAGGCCCUGCUUCCAGAUGCCCUCCUCCUUGGAGCAUCUUCCUAUGUCCUCUGAGAGCGUCAGAGAACCUCCCGGACACCUGACUCCUUUAAAUCGUAAACUGCGUUUAGACAAGCACCCCCAACGAAAGGGCUGACUGGCUGUUUGUCCCUGGCUGGUACAGAUCACAGCACUGCUAACCUGUGCAGCCUACAUGGACAUCAGUUUUAGGAUUCAAAAAGCUAUGCUGUCCUCAUGGAAGGAUACCCUCCCCAUUUCUCUCUUAAAAUAAAAUACCUCAUUUAUGGUGUAAUAGAGCCACUAAAAUGAGGAGCUGGGAAUAACGUUCCAAGCUAAAAACCUAAAAUAAUUAAUUGCUAAAAGUAUAACCCAUGAUCUUCUACAUAUCUAAUAAUUAUGCCCUGAAAUUCCAACCCUAAUACAGAAUAUUUAAAGGAGAUUUGAAGGUUUAUCUGAAAAAAUAAUGUGUAAGAGAAAAAUAUAAUAGGUUGAAUAUUGCAUAGUAAUUUUUAAUGGUUUCAUAUUGUCUUGUGUGAAAUGUUUUCACCUAAAAAUAAAUCUAUAAGGUGCUUAAGAGCACUGGCUGCUCUUGCAGAGGAUCUGGAUUCAAUUCCCAGCACCCGUAUGGUGGCUCACCACUGUCUGUAACUUUAGUUCCAGGGAUUCAAUGGCCACUUCUGACCUCCUCAGGCACCAGACAUGCAUGUGGUGCAUAGGCAUAUAUGCAAGCAGAACACCCAACCUAGAAAGCAUUACAUUUUAAAGCCAUCGGCUCUAAGUGGUUCGUACUAUAAGCAAAACCAAAAUCUGUUCCCAUAA